AUGAAGAAAAAAGACGUAUUACAGUGUGAAGUAUGCAAAAAAGAGUUCUUCGAGUUUGACCAAAGGGGCUUUCGUAAUGCAGGGUUCACUGCUCAUCAGAACCGUUGUAUCGAACGUCAGAAUCGUGAAAGGAAUCCGGAACAGCUUACUCCUAAAAGGAAGCGUCGUUUACUUUUGCCUGCUUCUCCGAAUCCGACGCGUUCAGGCACCAGUCCACCGAGUGUUACUCAUCCACCUUCAGCAUUUAAUUAUAGCAGCUCACCCUCUGUUUCUUCAUUACCCAGUUUUCAGUCUGCUGUUAUUACAACUGCGCCCAUCCUGGUUUCAACAAGUGCUGCUUAUACACCCAUACCGGCUGAGCAUCCGAUGAAUUACCAGCCAUUACACAAUACUAGUAUGCCAACUAUGUAUUCAAUUAUAUCAUACUGCGGCUAUUGCAAUCUUGGCAAUGGAUUACAUGCAUCCACCUGUCCUCUCUUCCUUUCAAAGUAA